GAGAAACUAGUCUCCGGCGUGUAUUCUCUGAUCGUUGAAGAUCCAAGCGACGCCGCAUCUUACUCGCCGGCGGCUUGAAUCAUGGCUGAUAGGAGAAACAGGUGUAACCAGAUCCUCCUUUUAGCAUAUCAGAGUUUUGGCUUAGUGUUUGGAGAUUUGAGUAUUUCUCCUCUCUACGUGUAUAAAUGUACUUUCUACGGAGGAUUGAAACAUCACCAAACAGAAGAUACCAUAUUUGGCGCCUUUUCUUUGAUAUUUUGGACCAUCACUCUCCUUUCACUCAUCAAGUACAUGGUUUUUGUAUUAAGUGCAGAUGAUAAUGGUGAAGGAGGGAUCUUUGCUUUGUAUGCUUUGCUCUGCAGACAUGCAAGAUUUUCUUUGCUUCCAAAUCAGCAAGCGGCUGAUGAGGAAAUCUCCACAUACUAUGGCCCUGGAGAUGCAAGUAGAAAUUUGCCUAGUUCUGCUUUCAAAAGCCUUAUAGAACGAAAUAAAAGAUCAAAAACUGCUUUGCUUGUUUUAGUCUUGGUAGGAACUUCCAUGGUAAUAACCAUCGGUGUCCUUACACCAGCAAUUUCAGUCUCUUCUUCUAUUGAUGGCCUUGUGGCCAAGACAAGUCUGAAGCAUAGUACUGUGGUCAUGAUAGCAUGCGUUUUACUAGUUGGACUUUUCGUUCUGCAGCACCGUGGCACCAAUAAAGUUGCCUUUCUCUUUGCACCUAUAAUGAUUUUGUGGUUGUUGAUAAUUGCAACUGUUGGUGUGUACAAUAUUGUGACUUGGAACCCCAGUGUAUACAAAGCCUUAUCUCCCUACUACAUCUAUGUAUUCUUUAGAGACACGGGAAUAGAUGGAUGGCUAUCCCUUGGAGGCAUUCUUUUAUGCAUCACAGGAACGGAGGCUAUCUUUGCUGAACUUGGCCAAUUUACAGCCACAUCUAUAAGGUUUGCGUUUUGUUGUGUUGUUUACCCGUGUCUGGUGCUUCAAUACAUGGGCCAAGCUGCGUUUUUAUCAAAGAAUUUUUCUGCUCUACCUUCAAGCUUUUAUUCUUCCAUUCCAGACCCAUUUUUCUGGCCGGUUCUCAUGAUGGCUAUGCUGGCUGCAAUGGUCGCAAGCCAAGCAGUCAUAUUUGCCACGUUCUCAAUUGUCAAACAAUGCUAUGCAUUGGGAUGCUUCCCGCGCGUGAAGAUUGUUCACAAACCAAGAUGGGUCCUUGGCCAAAUUUACAUCCCUGAGAUCAAUUGGGUUGUCAUGAUCCUCACCCUCGCUGUCACCAUUUGUUUCCAAGACACUCGACACAUAGCUUUUGCUUUUGGGCUCGCCUGCAUGACUCUAGCCUUUGUGACAACUUGGUUGAUGCCUCUCAUUAUCAACUUUGUCUGGAACCGUAAUAUCGUCUUCUCCGUCCUCUUCAUCCUCUUCUUCGGGACCAUAGAACUUGUCUUCGUUGCAUCAGCCUUAGUCAAAAUUCCUAAAGGAGGCUGGAUCACUCUCCUCCUUUCCCUCUUCUUCACCUUCAUCACAUAUGUAUGGCAUUACGGCAGCAGAAAGAAAUACCUGUGCGACCAGCACAACAAGGUCCCUAUGAAAUCAAUCCUAAGCCUUGGCCCGAGCCUUGGGAUCAUCAAAGUCCCUGGGAUGGGUCUUAUCUACACCGAGCUCGCCAGCGGUGUUCCCGCCACAUUUACUCACUUUCUAACAAACUUACCGGCGUUCUACCAAGUUGUCGUCUUUGUCUGCUGCAAAACUGUCCCUAUCCCGUAUGUGCCGCAGAAAGAACGGUACCUUAUCGGCCGGAUUGGACCGAAAACAUACAGGAUGUACCGAUGCAUUAUCCGAGCCGGUUACAAAGACGUGAACAAAGACGGAGACGACUUUGAAGACGAGCUGGUGAUGAGCAUUGCCGAGUUUAUCCAGCUAGAAUCCGAAGGCUACGGUGGCUCAAACACUGACCGUUCGAUUGACGGUCGGCUCGCUGUUGUGAAAGCCUCAAACAAGUUUGGGACAAGGCUGUCUCGGUCUAUAUCCGAGGCCAACAUUGCAGGUAGCUCAAGAUCACAGACAACAGUAACAAACAGCAAAUCUCCGGCACUACUUAGACUGAGAGCAGAGUAUGAGCAAGAGCUUCCGAGACUGAGCAUGAGAAGGAUGUUUCAGUUCAGACCAAUGGACACUAAAUUCAGGCAACCACAGGUGAAGGAGGAGCUGUUUGAUCUGGUGAACGCUAAGGACGCAGAAGUGGCAUACAUUGUUGGACACGGUCACGUGAAGGCGAAGCGCAACUCGGUAUUUGUGAAACGUUUGGUGAUAAACGUGGCUUACUCGUUCUUGAGGAAGAAUUGCAGAAGCCCAGGCGUGAUGUUAAAUAUUCCUCACAUUUGUUUGAUCAAAGUGGGCAUGAACUAUUACUUGUAACUGAGUGUUUUUCUUACUGAUCCUUCUGUGAGAGUUUUGUGGUUCGAGUUUCAUAAAUUUGGAUAUGAUGU